UAGGUUCGGCAGCGAUCGCGUCUGGACUAUGGGCGAGUGGUGGUGUCGGUGGGAACUCCUUCGUGGGAGGAUUGCUGUCGUCGUUUUUGAUGAUAAUAUGUGCGGAGCUGGGCGACAAGACCUUCUUUAUAGCGGCAAUAUUGUCGAUGCGUCACAGCCCGGUGGUGAUCUUAAUGGGAGCGAUGAUGGCUAUGUUUACGAUGACGGUCCUUUCAGCUGGUCUCGGUCUGCUCCUGCCAGCACUGCUGAGCAAAAAAGUUACUCAUUAUUCGUGUAUUGUGUUAUUUGUCUAUUUUGGGACAUUGAUUCUUUAUUGUUGUAGCAGGAAGAAGAAUGAAGAACAGGAGAAGAACGUGGCCGAGCAGCAACAAGCUGAAAUAGAAGCGGGGGAAGCGUCAACGUCUAGCAAUGUAAAGGUCUCCGGUUCGAUCUCUGGUGGGGGUAUUUUUCCCCUUCAGGCUGACAAUACUACAGCAUCACCAUGGUACUCGGCAGAGAACAGAGCUGUUCUUGUGCAGUCGUUCGUAAUGUCGUUUUUGGCGGAGUGGGGUGACCGAAGCCAAGUGGCCACAAUUGCCUUGGCUUCUUCUAAAAGCCCCUAUGGGGUCGUGCUGGGCUGCGUAUUGGGACAUUGCAUAUGCACGGGCAUUGCCGUUGUGGGAGGACGAUUAUUGGCGAGUAAAAUAUCACAAAGGCAAGUCGCCGUCGCCGGUGGAGUCCUCUUCCUCAUCUUCGCCUUGAGUUCGCUGCUCCUCGGUGUUGAUGUCAGUGCUGAUGCGGGACGGCAAGUUGUGUGCACAUUUGCGACGGUGGGGGCGGCUAGGUCGGCCCUGAGGAGCAGUAAACUCGCGUCGGAUGGCAACCGGAAGUGCAUGAGAAUAUUGAGGUCAUUUGGUGGUCCUAUCUCGUUUGAGGCACACAAAGAGGAGGAAGAGGAGGAGGUGACAGAGUCCGAUGCCUCGGGGGCAGGGAAGGAAUCUAAUACGACGGUCCUUGACUCGAGUGGUGGUGAGGAAACGACAACGGCAGUGGAGGACGACUCCUCGAUGGGGAGUUCUUCUCCUAGGGUGGAUGAGGUCGGCCUCUUGGCCAUCCCGGACCCACCAGCAACGUUGUCGUGGUACAAUGUCCCUCCUAUUUACACAGCAGAGAAACUCAUGCGUUUCUUCCUGGACUAUGGUCUUCAUAUGGGACCGCUGUCACCGUAUCGAUCCUGUGAUGUUAUCACGGAUGAGCACACUUCGGUGGCGCUGGUACACUGUGCGUCAAUGCAAAAAGCGCGCGCCCUGCAGCAGGCACUGUAUGAGUUCCCAGGGCUUGUUGGGGACCAUGGGUCGAUGAAAGUGACGGAGGGGAGGAGAGAUACGUUUUUCAUCGAUGCUUUACCGGUAUGUUGGGGUGCAGAUGCGAGUCGGACCGUAGUUGCGCUGAACGUCCCAGUUAAUUUGUCUCGAGAAAAGCUGAUCGAAAUCAUGGCGAAAUUCGGCGAUGUUAGUCAAGUUGUCGUCCGAUCGUAUUUGAGCUGUGGAAGGGUGACGACUUAUGGUUUGUGUCGGUUCGUUAGUCGAGGCUCCGCAUCGUUCGCCGCUGAGAUCAGCAGAAUUCCUAUCACCCAACAGGACUGCGGAUAUCGAACGAUGUUGGCUUUGCUUGGCCAGAAGGCUCGCUUGAAGUCGCUGACGUGGUUGAUGAGCAACGAGUGGUAUUUUGAUAUGAACCGUCGUAGGCAGCAGGCCUGGGCAACAACGCCUUUGGGGUAUUACUACUACCCUCCGAUGCUGCCGCCCUCAACGACGACCAUGGUAGAGGUUCCCUCUGUGCCGCUACCACCCAUGGAAGAUGCGGAGAAUGAGGAUGGAAUUUGGUAUGAACGCCGACCACGAUUUGAGAAGAUCAACGAUGAGGUUGGAAAAGCAUCGACGGACUCUCCUCCUACUGAUGAAUGCCUGGCCUCGAAUGGUGUGUUGAGGCCGCUGGUGUUCCCUCCUCCUCAGUGGAGAGGAGGAGGGUAUAGGAAGGGCAGUGCAUGUGGGAAGGAGAGCAACGCCUACGGUGGUGUCGGCGAACAGAGCCUUCCCGCUUAG